AAGAACCCGCAGUACCUCGCCAAGUGGCGGAGGCUUGUUUCCCGGCAGCCCUUGCUGCUUUUCUGUGUGGCGAGUUAGUUGCUUUUCCGGUCACGUGCGUUACCGCCCCUGCGCAGUCCACCUAAGGUCGCCAGGCUAGUAACCGCUACGCCCAGGCUCCAUCUCCCAGUGUGCCCCGCGGUGGCGCGGGGUGUAACGGGCGUUGUAGUCCAACUGCCCUUCUGCUUGGUCCAGCAACAUCGAUCGGCAGGAUGUCGGAGGUGCGGCUGCCACCGCUACGCGCCCUAGACGACUUUGUUUUGGGGUCAGCGCGUCUAGCGGCUCCGGAUCCGUGUGACCCGCAGCGAUGGUGCCACCGCGUCAUCAACAACCUCCUCUACUACCAAACCAACUACCUUCUCUGCUUGGGCUUCAGUUUCGCUCUGGCCGGGUACGUGCGCCCGUUGCACACACUCCUGAGUGCACUGGUAGUGAUGGUGGCCCUCGGCGUAUUGGUGUGGGCAGCUGAGACUCAUGCAGCCAUACGCCGCUGUCGCCGCAGCCACCCCACCUCCUGCCUGGCCACAGUGCUCGCCGUAGGCCUCCUCGUUCUCUGGGUCGUGGGCGGCGCUGGCACCUUCCUGCUCAGCAUCACCGGGCCGGUGCUUUUGAUCCUGGUGCAUGCUUCGCUGCGCCUGCGCAACCUUAAGAACAAGAUUGAGAACAAGAUCGAGAGCAUUGGUCUCAAGCGGACGCCAAUGGGCCUGCUACUAGAGGCUCUGGGACAAGAGCAGGAGGCUGGAUCCUAGAGGCCUAGGAUCUGUACCCAGGACCUGAAGAAUACCCACUGCUUAAGCCCAUACCGGGGACCAAGCCCUUUCCCAGCCCUUAAAAUAGAAACUGAGGGACCCCCUGCCCAGUCAAAAACCCAGGACAUCUGUGACCGCCCUACCCCCAUCCUGGUCCCAAACUAGACUAUUCCUCACACCCAUCCCCCACUGCGUAAGACUGGGAACUAGUCUUCCCAGACCUGUACCUGGGACUCAGCCACCUAUAUCCAGCCCCAAACUGGGGCUUGAGAUCAGAGCAUCUACAACCAAUCUCAAACUGGACCCCAAGACACCCCUCCAACCCAGAUCUGAAACCCACUGGUCUCCUACGCUCAGCCCCAAAGUCCGGGUUUCGGGCAAGGGAUUCUUAAGUACUGAAUCCUGGACCAAAGCUUUUCCAGACCCGUACCCUAGCUUGGAACCUAGAUCAAAGCAUCGCCAAAUCUUGAACUCCAAACCCAAGUGUUCCCAGCCCCCCAUCUGGAUGGAGUCAGGUAUCCUGACUCUGUCUGUUGAACCCUUGGUCCCACUUGCCUCUCUCCAGCUCUGCUGGGGGUUUUGUCCUCUGCCCCAGUGUUCCAGUAUCAGAAUCAAGGGGUAGGGUGGGUGAGGGUAGGCCCCAACUGGGAAUGGGGUGUGUGUACACACACAUCAGUGUUGCCACAAUAAAGGCUGUUGCAUCUCA